GAUCAACUGAAUGCUGUGUCUGAGUCAUUCCUUCUUCGCCGACUCCAUCCACACCUUUGGGAACCCCUGGACCUGCUGGGGUUGGACCCCAACAUAUAGCGCAGUAGUUCCUGCAGGUUCUCUCUUCCGUCUUCGGAGCCAGUGGCCCUCCCUGUGCUGAGCAGCUAGGAAGCCCCUGUCAGCGAGCUCGUAGGAGCUUGAAACCUUCGUCUUACCAGGAGGGAAACAUGGUUGAAGCUGAUAUCCCAGGAAAGCUCUUCAUUGGUGGCCUCAAUACAGAAACAAAUGAGAAAGCCCUUGAAGCUGUAUUUGGCAAAUAUGGACGGAUAGUGGAAGUACUCUUGAUGAAAGAUCGUGAAACCAACAAAUCGAGAGGAUUUGCUUUUGUCACCUUUGAAAGCCCGGCAGAUGCUAAGGAUGCAGCCAGAGAUAUGAAUGGAAAGUCCUUAGAUGGAAAAGCCAUCAAGGUAGAACAAGCCACCAAACCAUCAUUUGUAACUGGUAGGCAUGGACCGCCUCCACCUCUAAGAAGCAGAAGCCCUCCAGGGGGUCUUAGAGGUGGAAGAGGAGGAAGUGGAGGAACAAGGGGACCUCCCUCACGUGGAGGGCACAUGGAUGAUGGUGGCUAUUCCAUGAAUUUCAACAUGAGUUCUUCCAGGGGACCACUUCCAGUAAAAAGAGGACCACCACUGGGAAGUGGGGGUCCUCCUGCUAAAAGAUCUGCUCCUUCAGGGCCAGUUCGCAGCAGCAGUGGAAUGGGAGGAAGAGCUCCUGUAUCUCGUGGAAGAGAUAGUUAUGGAGGCCCACGUCGAAGGGAACCCCUGCCUUCCUGUAGAGAUGUUUAUUUGUCCCCAAGAGAUGAUGGAUAUUCUACUAAAGACAGCUACUCAAGUAGAGAUUACCCAAGCUCCCGUGAUACAAGAGAUUAUGCUUCACCACCAAGAGGCUAUACUUAUUGUGAUUAUGGUCAUUCCAGUUCACGUGAUGACUAUCCAUCAAGAGGCUAUAGAGAUAGAGAUGGCUAUGGUCAUGAUCAUGACUAUUCAGAUCAUCCAAGUGGUGGGUCCUACAGGGAUUCAUAUGACAGUAAUGGUAAUUCACGUAGAGCUCCACCUACACGAGGGCCCCCUCCAUCUUAUGGUGGAAGCAGUCGCUAUGAUGAUUACAGCAGCUCACGUGAGGGAUAUGGUGGAAGCCGAGACAGUUACUCAAGCAGCCGAAGUGACCUCUACUCAAGUGGUCGUGAUUGGGUUGGCAGACAAGAAAGAGGGCUUCCCCUUUCUAUGGAAAGGGGGUACCCUCCUCCACAUGAUUCCUACAGCAGUUCAAGCCGCAGAGCACCCAGGGGUGGUGGCUGUGGAGGAAGCCGAUCUGAUAGAGAGGGAGGCAGAAGCAGAUAUUAAAAACAAAACUUUGGACCAAAAUCCCUGUUCAAAGAAAUGAACAGAAAGUGGAACCUAUUCUGUCAUAACUACCCAAGGACUACUAAAAGGAAAAAUUGUGUUACAUUUUUUAAAUUUCCUGUUAAGUUCCCCCUUCAUAAUUUUUAUGUUCUUGAGAGGAAUAAAGUAAAACAU